AACACUAAACAAUCGUGAUUCAUUUGUCCCUGAAUUUUGAAUUUGCUGCAUCAUUUAAUGGUCUCUCGUGUCACCCUUCGCGGCUUCGGCCCCCUUCGACCACUCCCCUGCAUCUCUAGGAAUCCAGAGUAUUUGAAGAUCAUCACAAACAUUUCUGUUGAUAUUUGGGCGAUUCUAGCUUUUUGGGCAGCUUCGCAAACAGUUUGAAACCUGUUCUGCUCGCUAUUUGAGAGAGAGAGGGAGAUUCUGUCCGGUCGAUCAGGAGUUUUGCUCCCACAGCUGGCUCUGCUCUGCUGCUGGUCUACUGAUUUGCUCAGCGCUCACCGCUACCAGGCGCUCUCUAAAGUCUGGAUGGGUUGCGUUUCUUCCACUCUGCUCGAUCACGAGGAUGAAUUAUCCCAGCUUGGCAGGCCUGGGUUGGGUCACCACAUCGUGUCUCUCACCUCCACAACCUAUGGCCUCCUCAACCUCGACCCACCACCACCACCACCACCACACAGCAAUGAUCUCCUCCACCAGCCUCCCACCCCACCAAGGCUCGUUCUCGCUACGCUCUUCCCAAGUUCUCUCCCGGAGUCAAUGCCCCUUCGCUCCCAACCAUCGGAGGUCAUCAACUCCUGGGAACUUAUGGCUGGCCUCGACACAGGCAGUUUCCGCUUCCCAACUCCUCCUACUCCCACCCCAGUCGUAGCCCCCUCAAAACCUCUCCAACCUUCCCCUUCCUCUCUGCUACGCACCCUCACUUUCUCCGAGCUCGAUUCCCGCAUCUCCAGGUCUCCCAAGCCCUUGACCCUCAAACAUCACCUCAUGAGCAGCAACAAAGAAAACUCAAACCCUAAUCGACCCCUCAGCACCGCUGCCUCUCCUGAUCCCAGCAAUGUCUUAAAGCCAUUGAAUGGUAACUCUCUCACCGACAAACCCUCCUCCUGCAGAUACUCGCUCAACGAUGAAUUCGAGAAACGAUGCCUGCCCAACGGCCAAAGCAAAUUGGUCGUUUACACGACAACGUUAAGAGGGGUUCGCAAGACAUUCGAGGAUUGUAACGCUGUUAGAGCAGUUCUCGAAGGGAUUGGGGUGUCCAUAAACGAGAGAGACGUUUCGAUGGAUCGUGGGUUCAGGGAAGAGUUGAGGGAGUUGAUGAAUGGGAAGGACAUCGCGGAAACUGUUCCUCCCAGGGUUUUCGUUAAGGGUCGGUAUAUUGGUGGAGCUAGAGAAGUUCUGAGGAUACACGAAGAGGGUUUUUUGGUUCAGGUCCUCGAAGGGUUGCCCAGGGCCGGGGCUCUGUGUGAGGGAUGUGGUGGUGUAAGAUUUUUGCCCUGUUUUCGUUGCAGUGGGAGCUGUAAGCUUGUGAUGGUGGCGAAAGAACACGCACUACCACAGCGAUCGCAAGGGAGGGAAGUCGUGGUGAGAUGCCCUGAUUGCAAUGAGAAUGGCCUGGUGCUCUGUCCCAUCUGCAGCUAGCUCCAUUAUCAAACUGUUUCAAACACUUCCAAUGUGAUUCGGUAAUCCUAAUCCUUUAUUUCACAGUACUCUCCUUCCAAUUACUAGUUGGAUAUAUUUGUACUUAAAGAAAGUGUUUUCACCAUGUAUUUUCUUCUCUCUUUUUAAUUAAAUUUCUGUUGGUAGCUGUAUCACCAAAUAAUUGAAUCCCGUUGGGAGUUUUCAAAUUUUAGAGUCUUAAACUGUACUAGCUGAUCUGGGUUUCUCCCUAUUUUGAAGUCGCAAUAUAAAGAUCAUGGUUGAAUAUGCA